AUGCUUGGCAUAUGUGCAUCUAUACACAUUCUGUCAUGGUUUCUGCUCUAUGCAUUCAUUGUCUGUCCCUUGAAAGUUGAAUGUUUACAUGCAAAAAACACACACACAGACACACACUGCGAGUCCUGCCCCACUGUGCGCACUGCACCGCCAGGACUUAAGCGUUUUGCUACAGCCUUAGCCACCUCUUUUUCUCUCAGUUGUCGCGUACGGUUUUGUCCCCGUUUACAUGGCGCCCCUUUCAGCCUUUUUUCCUACGUGUCGUUUUUUCCCAAUUCUCUCUUCCCUUUAAUCAACCUACACCCUACUCAUAGUAUGAGGGGCCCCUUAGGUACUAGCUAUUUUCUACUUUAUAUUGUUUGCCCACAUAGCAUAAUUCUUGUGCAAUAA